UACUGAUGCUAGAGAGAAGAAGGAAGAGGGGGAGAGAGAGGCUGGAUAGAGCGAUUUACUGGAAGGAGAGAAGAAAAAAAUAAUAAAAAGACGGACAUCUAAAAGACAGUUCGCAAUAUCCGAAUGGGAAGCUACAAUCCAGCAUCGGAGCACGGUCUGAUCUUCUUUUCAUCUCGAAAGCUUUGCAUGAGCGAAGGAAGGAGGAGGACACGGCGGAGGAGAGAGAGAGGGAGAGGGAGGGAGAGAAGGAUGCUGUGAUGCGCGUAUACAGGGAGGGAUGGAGGGAGAGGGAGGGCAUCUAAAGAGGGUUGUUUUGUCCGACAACGGAUGUUUGCUGUUUACUUGUGCCUGCUAAUCACCACAACGAUGCACAUCACAGAUUUCAACAGCAAACCUCAUUCUGGUUCAAUUGGGGACACAAUGCAAUAGAGUCGUGUUUCUGUAUAGGACGCGCGCGCGCGUGUGUCUGUGUGUGUGUGUGUGUGUGUGUGUGUGUGCUUUGAAAAAGCAGAACACGCUGCAUCCCUCACCUGUGAUCACAGGCCUUUUGCGCAUUGAGGAUCCGGUUUAUGUUUCCAAACAGCCUCCUUUCCGUGGUCGGUCCUAGCAGGUGAUGACUUUCCGGAAGGACGGUGCUGAAGUGAUCGAGUGUAGGAGAGCUGAUGCAUACGUGUAGAAACGCGAUCGAUAUCAACUCAUCCACGCUGUACUGUGACUAUAUGCACUGUGCGUAAAGGAUAGCCUAGUCUGUGUGCACGCAUGUCAUUGUGAUUAUGAUCAUCAGUAGGAUUGUUAUGCAAACUUAGAAGAUCGGAAUGAACAGCACAGACAUGGGACGUGCAACAACAUCCUUGUGUACAGGCCUGGCCACAUGCAGAAGCUUCAACAACAACGUUACGGGACCCUUGUGAGAACCUAUAUAGCCUUGUCACUUAUUGUAGACCACACAGGGAUGUUCUGAAGAUAUAACUACAGAAGGUUACAAGUUAAAUGUCAUUAAAGCCUCUCUCCGCCAUGUCAAAAGACCCGAUUUGCAGCCAGACGGCUCAGUAUGUGGGGCCAUACAGGCUGGAAAAGACACUGGGGAAAGGACAGACAGGGCUGGUGAAACUUGGGGUGCACUGCAUCACGGGCCAGAAAGUGGCCAUCAAAAUAGUGAACCGAGAAAAGCUCUCGGAGUCUGUGCUCAUGAAGGUGGAAAGAGAGAUCGCCAUCCUAAAACUAAUCGAGCACCCGCAUGUUUUGAAGCUGCAUGACGUCUAUGAGAAUAACAAGUACCUGUAUCUGGUGUUGGAACAUGUGUCUGGCGGCGAGCUUUUUGACUAUUUAGUGAAAAAAGGAAGAUUGACGCCCAAAGAAGCCAGAAAGUUCUUCAGGCAGAUCAUCUCAGCUCUGGAUUUCUGCCACAAUCACUCAAUCUGUCACCGAGAUCUGAAGCCAGAGAAUCUCCUGCUGGAUGAAAAGAAUAAUAUCAGAAUCGCUGACUUCGGCAUGGCCUCCCUACAGGUGGGGGACAGUCUGCUAGAGACAAGCUGUGGAUCUCCACAUUACGCUUGUCCUGAAGUGAUCAGAGGUGAGAAGUAUGACGGUCGGCGAGCGGACGUAUGGAGCUGCGGCGUGAUUCUGUUCGCUCUACUUGUGGGUGCGCUCCCUUUCGACCACGACAACCUGCGACAGCUUCUGGAGAAGGUAAAGAGUGGAGUAUUCCACAUGCCCCACUUCAUCCCACCUGACUGCCAGUCUCUACUACGCGGCAUGAUUGAGGUGGAUUCGGAAAAAAGGCUUACGCUAGAGCAAAUCCAGAAGCACGCCUGGUAUCUGUCAGGCCGUAACGAGCCAUGUCCCGAGCAGCCGCCGCCGAGGCGCGUGUGUGUGAGGAGGAUUCUCUCUCUGACUGAGCUGGAUCCAGAUGUGUUGGAGAGCAUGCACUCUCUGGGCUGCUUCCGAGAUCGAGUCAAACUGACCCAAGACCUGCAGUGUGAAGAGGACAACCAAGAGAAGAUGAUCUAUUACCUCUUACUGGACCGUAAGGAGCGCUAUCCCAGCUACGAGGAUGAAGACCUGCCACCCAGACAUGAUGUAGAUCCUCCACGGAAGCGUGUGGACUCGCCCAUGCUGACCCGUCACGGUCGCUGCCGGCCAGAGAGGAAGAGUCUGGAGGUGCUGAGUGUGACGGAGCAGGGCUCCCCUACACCCCCCCGCAGGGCGCUGGACACCUCUGCACACAGCCAGAGAUCACGAUCAGUAAGUGGAGCAUCUACUGGUCUCUCCUCUAGUCCUUUAAGCAGUCCCAGGGUGACCCCUCAGGGUUCGCCCCUGCCCACACCUCUGGGAACCCCUGUCCAUCACCCCCACCCUCCCCCUUCCUCCUCCUCUUCCUCCCGUGCUGAAGGAGGAGGUGUUGGCUCACUCUCGCUGACUCCGCCCACUAGCCCAGGAGGAAGUGGGGCUGGCAUGGCAGCCAGCAGCUCCGCCCACUGGAGGACCAGAUUCAAUUCAUUCAAGAACAACCUGCUCGGCUCGCCGCGCUUCCACCGCCGCAAGCUGCAGGUUCCCACUUCUGAGGACAUGUCAAGCCUUACACCAGAGUCCAGCCCUGAGCUAGCAAAGCGCUCCUGGUUUGGCAACUUUAUCAGCUUAGAGAAGGAGGAGCAGAUCUUUGUGGUGAUCAGAGACAAACCGCUCAGCUCAAUCAAGGCGGAUAUUGUACACGCCUUUCUCUCUAUACCGUCCCUCAGCCACAGCGUGGUCUCCCAGACGAGUUUCCGGGCAGAGUAUAAAUCUUCUGGAGGUCCGUCUGUAUUCCAGAAGCCUGUGAAGUUUCAGGUGGACAUUGCCUUCUCUGAGGGAGAGAGGGAGAGGGAGCGGGAAAGAGAGAAAGAAGGAAAGAGGAAUUAUGGAAUCUACAGUGUCACUUUCACCCUCAUAUCAGGCCCAAGCCGCAGAUUUAAGAGAGUGGUGGAGACGAUUCAAGCCCAGCUGCUUAGCACACAUGACCAGCCCUCAGUACAAGCUCUCGUGGAUGAGAAGAACGGCCGUCCUCAUGGAACACCAACCAGACAGAACUCUCGACGCUCAGAAGGAGGAGCUGACCGCUGCGAAUGGGUUGAGCGAGGCGAGGGUGGAGCCUUACUCCAAAGAAGAGGUUCAGCCAAAGAGAGGACCCGACUGCUAUCAUCUAAUGGGACCCAAUCACAGCCUUGAGAAGAAGAGUACACCAGUCAUCAUUAACCAUGGCACAACACUCAUAAAAAAAACCUUCAUUUGUUCUCCUGCUACACUACAGCAUGAUGGUAAAGUCUUGUGUAUUUUUUAGGGGUGCUUCUUAAACUAAAUUCUGAGCAAACAAACAGUUCCACUUCAUCAGAAAUAACUAGCACAGUCCUAAAUUAAACAAGAUAAAGAGCCAGAUUACAAAAAAAAAAACUGUGCAAUGCGAUACUGGAUGCGUCAUCUUCAAUCCUAGGGUCUGAGUAAUAUUAUAAUGUUCUAUAUGUGCUGUUGAUGGGCAUUACGACUCACUUAAGUGAUUCAAUUCCUGUAAUUUGUUUUAAUAGAACAUCCUCCUCAAACACUAAGCAGGUAACAAUGUAAACAACUACAGUAACCUAUGUUCAUGGUUUCAUAUGCCUAUGUCAGUGAUGGGUAUUAAGAAGAAGUUUGAUAAAUGAUUCAACUAUUAAAAGAUUCAAUUAUUUAAAUGGUUCCUUUUGCGGCAGACAUAAGAUCAGAAAAAAAUUAAAUAAUUGUGAAAAUUAAAAUGCAUUGUGUAGGAAAUGGGCAUGUUUUGUUUGUAGAAGAGCUUAUGUAGUGACCAUCUGCAAUCUUGUUAGCACUACCAAGGCUUAGGUGAAGUAGUUAUAGUUAUAUAAGGAAUAACACACAGCGGCUGGAUGAAGUGGAUUAUUUUUCGUAUAACUGCAUAGUCUGGAGUGUGUUUUUCUGCUUAUACCAUAGCAUUCGGCAAUAAUUACAAUGUUUAAUGUAUUCAAUUAAAUUACAUUCAGUUUUAUUUGUAUAGCACUUUUAAAAAUGGACAUUGUCACAAAUCAGCUUCACAGAAAUAUACAGUGGGGGAAAUAA